ACGCUACGCCUAUGCUUCGAAGAAGAUUUUAAAUACAUGUCUCAAGAAAACUGAAACGAUUCGUAAAAAUCGAUCCAGCUCACUCUGUAUCCCCGGUAGAUGGCGCUGCUUUACGGCUCGAUAUUCUUCUGCCUGUACGAUGGGACAAAGAUCCUGAAAACGCAGUAUCAGGAUCUGGAUUCUGUGACUAUGGCAGCUGCACAAUCAAAAUCCAGGAACUGCAACAUACGGGAACCCUAAAGAAAAUUAUUCUAUGAAUUCCAUCGCAGUUUGACUUUUGGAAUAUCGUCUGAGUUUUUGUGACUAUACUCAAAUUGUUCGAUUUCAAAAAUUAUGAAGUUAAUAUUGGAUUCCCGAAUUGAAGAAGUUAAUGUGACGACGGGAGUUUUGGUGGAGUCGCCACCAACUCCUCAACUGUAAUUAAAACCAGAAGCCGGUACCCCUGCUUACAACCCCCUCUCCCCCCUCCAAAUGUGAAACAUUCCAAAUCUAUUGAAAAUUUCUUCAGCUUUUGAAAAGAAUUCUUGCACAUUGUCGCACAAUCGGCUUCGGAAACUUGUGCACUUCAACACUCACACCCUUUCAACAAGUCAUGUCUCACAGCACAACUCUGCACGGAUUAAUAAGGUGGCAGUCUAUAUUACCUGCCCUACAAGCCCCAGCUUAUUUAGUGGCUGGUUGCCUACUAAUACUAGGGGCUUUACAGCCACAUUUCACAUCGGCUGCUUGGCAGGAUGAAUAUAGGCCUAGAGUACGCUCAAAUGCACCACAAGGAGAGAAGGUCCAAAGGUUUCUAGGCAACCAAACACAUAGUGACCAUUUUAAGCUUCUCGAAAAAGAUGGUGAUCACUUACUAGUCGGAGCGAGAAAUAUCGUCUACAAUCUUAGUCUUGAUACAUUACAAGAGAAAAAAAGAUUAGAAUGGUAUUCCAGCGAUGAAGAUAUAAAUAUGUGCAAAAUGAAAGGAAAAUCAGAGGAAGAAUGUCAAAACUAUAUUAGAGUUUUAGCAAGGAAAUCUGAGGACACAAUUUUAGUUUGUGGUACAAAUGCCUUUAAACCUCUUUGUCGGCAUUACUUGCAGGAUGCUGAUUACACAAUGGUGAAAGAGGCUUCUGGUGAAGGUCUGUGUCCGUACGACCCGACUCACAACAGCACUGCCAUAUUUGCAGAUGGAGAUUUGUAUGUGGCAACAGUAGCUCAAUUCACUGGAGCAGAUCCUCUCAUCUAUCGGGAUCCGCUCAGAACGGAACAAUUUAAUUGGAAGCAUUUGAAUGCACCAAAUUUUGUCAGUUCAGUUCAUCACGAGGAGUUUGUGUAUUUCUUUUUCCGAGAAACUGCUGUGGAAUAUAUAAAUUGUGGAAAAGCUGUGUACUCAAGAGUGGCCAGAGUUUGUACAAAAGAUAAAGGAGGACCUCACAAAUUCAGAAAUAGGUGGACAUCAUUCCUCAAAGCCAGGCUAAACUGUUCCAUACCGGGAGAGUUUCCCUUCUAUUUUAACGAAAUUCAAUCUACAACAAAUGUUGUAACUGGAAAAUAUGGUAGUAAAGAAGCUCAAUUAAUAUAUGCUGUUUUUACUACACCUCCAAACAGUAUCAGUGGCUCAGCUGUAUGUGCCUUCCGUUUAGAAGAUGUUUUCAAAGCUUUCAACGGUCCAUUCAAGGGACAAGAUGACAUCAAUGCCAAUUGGCUCCCUGUAGCAAGUACCAAAGUGCCAGAACCACGCCCCGGUCAGUGUGUCAACGAUUCUCGCACACUCCCAGAAGUGACGGUCAAUUUUAUUGAGAGUAACAGUUUAAUGGACGGGGCAGUACCAGCUUUUUGGAAUCAUCCAGUUGUCUUGCAUACUGUCUUCCAGUAUCGCUUUACACAAAUAACAGUUGACCCACAAAUUCAAACAGCGGAUGAAAAGCAUUAUGAUGUUCUAUAUGUUGGAACAGAUAAUGGUAAAGUAUUAAAGUGCAUAAAUGCUGGAAGUGACUCGACUUCUGGCAAGGUCAUCCCUGUUGUGAUUGAAGAAUUCCAAGUGUUUCAAAACACGCCCAUCACAAAUCUCAUGGUUUAUCACACACCAUCAGAUGCAAAAUUAGUAGUGGUGUCUCGAGAAGAAAUCAAAACUAUUCCUCUUUAUAACUGUGAUCAUUAUGCCAAAACUUGUGGAGAUUGUGUUGCUCUGCAAGAUCCCUAUUGUGCUUGGGAUAAGUCUAGGAAUGUUUGUACAAGCUCUAGAACAAGAUCUCUUUCUUUAAGGCUUUGGAAGAGAGAUCAAUUUGUACAAAAUGUCGAAGAAGGAUUUGACCCAAGAUGCCGUGAAGGCCGAUCUUCAUCUGGCGGAACCACCCCUCAACGCUCCCCCCACCAUUCUGCCAGCCGCCACGACACCCCUGGUGGCUCCCCACCUUCCUCUCCCUCGGCCAAUGAUAUUGAGGAAGAAGAUUUUCAUGAAGGUGGAACCGCUGGAGCAUCAAGAGGUCAUCAGUACAUGUACACUGCUGAAACACUCGCCAUAGCCGUCACGACUAGUAUAGUCUCAUCUUUAGUUGUUGGUUUCAUCAGUGGCUAUAUCUUCAGUAGGAGAUGCAAAUCUGAAGAAGUGGACUCUCCCUACGACGACUCCCACUAUCUAGAACAGCGGGGCAGCUGCGACACUCCCCAUUUGAACCACACGGAAGGUUUCCUCUCUCCUACCACCAACAAACCCAUCAACCUCGUCCUCAACGUACCUCCAAAAAACGGGAACGGAAAGACCGCCAACAGCUCUGCCGACAAUAGACCCGUGCAAAAAGUCAAAAAGAUUUAUUUAUAGUCGCUCUCUGCCGACAAAAGAAUAAGUUGCUGACAAAUAUAGGCUAUGCUGGCAAAACGUGUUUCACCACUAUGCUCGUCCAACAUUCCAUAAUCAUGCUGGUGUCGAUAGAUCUCAAGAAUUAAAAAGUGACAGAUUUUUUUUUUUCACUUGUGGAGUUUGUGCAUGCGAAUGGGAAUGAUGUGCUGUAUCUUUGCUCAGCAUUUUAUAUUAAUUUCUUCUAUCGUGUGAUUUACGAAUGAACUCUUUUUGAAAAAAAAUUUUUUUUUUAAGUUGUGAGAUUUCCUGCAGAAAACUGGCAUUUACAAAAAAAAAAAAAUGUGUUCCUUGCUGCUGUCAGAAGAUUCUUGCAGGCGCCUCCUUCCCAAGUAAAUGUCAUGUAUCUUAAAAUUACCUCUUAAAAAAUAUCUAAAAAAAAAAGCUGUGCUUUUUUUUACGGACGAUACGUGCAUCACUUACUUGUAUUGACGAAGCCUUUCUCGAACGAACUGUUUGAGAAUCUGACGUGGGGCUUACGUUUCUGAUGCUCAUCAUGAACUAACUUACAUCUAGAGUGAAUUUUUUUUUCUUCAGUAUUAAUUUUAUGACCCGCCAUGUGGAAUGACAACUAUGCUGCAUAUCUAUGCAUUAGACUAAAGGCUGAACUACGCCAGUUGUAACUAUGCCAGUUGUGCCACUAUACCACAAAAACUAUUGAAAUGUUAAUCUAUAAGCACCUGUUAAGUAUCUGUUGGAGUUUUUUCCAGUGUGCUUAUUUUCAUUUUGUAAAUAGAAGCACCUUUUUUUUUUCUCCUCUGUUAAUUAUUCAUACGUUGUAUAUUUUUAAAAAAAAAUCAUAGUUACGUGCAUUUUUAAUUUAUCUUCAACUAGACACUGAGCAUUUUUUUUUUAAAUUAUUUAUAUCAAUGAAAAUAUAGGCAGAGUUUUAUUUUGCAUUUUGUAAAUUUUCAUUGGAAAAUAAAAAUGUGUUUAUGUACAUUGUUGAGUUUACGGUGGCACCGAUUCGAGCACCUUUAUAAGAAAAUUGCACUGUUCACCGUAAACAACACCAUUGAUCUGCCGUGGCCUUAGAUUUUAUCAUACUGUUAUAAAAAAGAAAAGAAAAAUAAACAUAGUUUUUCAGAGUUAAUAUUUCAGUGAUCGCUGAUUAUGUAAUUAGUGAGGUGACAUUUCUUCCAGUCUGUAUUUGUAGUAAAAAAAAUAUAUAAUUUUAAAUGUAAUUCUAAUUAUUUUGUAAUUUUCCAAUUUUUUUUAAGAGAAAUUUUGUUUUUUAUUUUCCAGUGCUUAGAUGUCAUUUGACAUUCUGAUAUUUAUCAAAAUUGAAUAGAUUGUUUUGUAUAGACAGUAUCAAAAUUGACAUUUUUUUAAAACAGUGCAAUCCAUCGACCCAUCGAAUGCAAAAUAAUGACUCGUAAAUAUGUUAUAUAUAUUUGAUUUAUAAAUAUAUACUAUAAAUAUAUAUACUCUUGUAAAUAUUGAGUAUUUCUUCUUAUUUAUUGUUUUAUAACGCCCUCUUAAAUAGAUCUCUCUUGCUCUCUUUCUCUCUCUCUAUUCUCUUUAGGAAGUUAUAGAAUUGCCAAAAGCGACCUUCAAAUGACCUUCUUGACCAGUCCAAGUAGUCAACAAUUUGCCAUUAAAAUGAUGAAGAAGAAGAAAAAAAAAUAAUAUUGAAAUUUACUUGCUUGCUGUGUGUGGUUAAGCAAAAUGUGUUUGUGGUAACUUAUCAAUUUGUAGGUUUGAAAAAAAAACUGGUUCCUGUAAAACGAAGAAUGUUUUUAAUAGCAUGAUAAAUAAUAUAGCUUUGGGAACCAUUCCGUUAAGGUGACUCUUUUUGAAGGUAGUAUAGGGAUGCCAACUGCCAUGUGUUAGCUGACUAUAUUUUUUUAAAUGGGUACACAUAUCAGAGUUGAUUCAUAUGUUUGUAAAGUUAAAUGUGAAUUUAUGUAAUUGAGUUAUGCAUUAAAAGGGUUGCCACUCCACAAGGAAAACCUGGAAAAUACAGGAAAUUUAAAAAUCAUCUAAAAUAAAAGGGAAAAUGUGAGGAAUUUUGAUUUUUUUUUCUUUACAAAAUGGGAAAAUACAGGGAAUUUUGUUUCUUAUUUUCGUUUUUUUAAAAAUGAUGACCACUCAAGGUGUAAUCUAUGGGCUUUGUUUAGAAGAAAUUUGGGUCGGUUAACGGACCCUUCACAAAAUAUCUU